GUUACAGGCCACUACGAAAUUAAAACUGUCCACGUCGGCCACCGUAGUGUAGUGACAACACAGCACAGCACUUUGGUCUGAGUAGCUAGUCUGGCUGAUAAGUAGUUCCGAGCCUUGUAGGCAUAUACGGCUAAUUGGUGAUACAGACAUUUGAAGAUUUCAAACUUGAACAACUUUAGAGGAAGAUGAGGCUAAAGGAAAUUCAGAGGACAGCCCACCAGGCGUGGAGUCCUGCUGGGCACCAUCCUAUCUAUCUGGCCUUAGGAACAUCAGCACAACAGCUUGAUGCCUCUUUCAACACCACAGCUGCUCUAGAAAUAUUUGAGAUGGAUUUUGCAGACCCUUCACUGGACAUGCAGCUCAAAGGAUCGUUACCCACUACAAACCGGUUGCACAGUGUUGUGUGGGUAAAUUUUGGAAUGGGAGCUGAUGGUACUGGAGGGAGACUCGUUGGUGGGAGCGAAAAUGGCACAUUGACUGUUUACAACCCCGAGGCCAUAAUGAGUUCUGGAGCAGAAGCAGUUGUAGGACAGUCUGACAAACAUACAGGACCUGUUCGAGCACUAGAUUUUAACCCUUUCCAGAGUAAUCUUCUUGCAUCAGGAGCAAAUGAUUCAGAGAUAUACAUCUGGGACCUAAACAACUUCAGCAGUCCAAUGACACCAGGAGCAAAAACACAGCCUGCUGAAGACAUCAGUGUUGUGUCCUGGAACAGGCAGGUUCAACACAUCUUGGCCUCUGCUAACCCCAGUGGGAAAGCAGUUGUGUGGGACCUGAGAAAGAAUGAACCCAUUAUAAAGAUCAGUGAUCACAGCAACAGGAUGCACUGCUCAGCAAUGCUCUGGCACCCUGAUGUGGCCACUCAAUUGGUGUUGGCCUCUGAAGAUGACCGACUGCCAGUCAUCCAGAUGUGGGACCUCCGCUUUGCCACAUCACCUCUUAAAGUUCUUGAGAACCACACAAGGGGGAUUCUGUCCAUAUCCUGGAGCCAGGCGGACUCUGAGCUCCUGCUGAGCAGUGCUAAAGACAACAGGAUUCUCUGCUGGAAUCCCAACACUGGAGAGGUCAUUUAUGAGCUUCCAACAACAAACCAGUGGUGUUUUGAUGUCCAGUGGUGUCCAAGGAAUCCAGCUUUACUUUCAACAGCAUCUUUUGAUGGAAGAAUCACAGUUUACUCUGUGAUGGGAGGAAGCUUGAAGGCUCAGCAGCAAAGCACAGCUAAUAAGAUAUCCUCUUCAUUUGAUGCAAUGGAUCCCUUUGGUACAGGGCAAGUGUUGCCUCCUCUGCAAGUUCCUCAGCCUAAUGUACAGGACACUAUAGUUCCUCCCUUAAAGAAGCCACCAAAGUGGGUACGCAGACCAGUGGGAGCUUCUUUUGCUUUUGGUGGAAAGUUGAUAACCUUUGAGAAUCCCAAGCUUCCUCCAGUGCAAAGCCCCCAGCCUGUCCCCAGGCAAGUGUUUGUGAGCCAGGUUACCACGGAGACUGAGUUCCUGCAGCGCUCCAGGGAACUUCAAGCAACACUGCAAUCGGGUUCCUUCAACAACUACUGCCAGGCCAAGAUUCAGAACGCCAAGUCAGACGCUGAACAAGACAUAUGGAAGUUCCUCCUGGUUAAUUUUGAGGAUGAAGCCCGCAUUAAAUUCCUAAACCUUUUGGGUUUCAGCAAAGAUGAACUGGAGAGAAAGAUUUCAAAAUGCCUGGGGAAGAAUUGUCAACCCAAUGGACAUGGAGUUGAUGCCAAAGAUCUUGCAGAGAAGAUGCAGCGCCUCUCCACUGAGAGGUGUAAUGAAGCAUCAGCUGACGCUCAGGCAUCAGGUACUGUUUCCCCAGCAGAUUUCUUCAGUCAAACCCCAAAGGAAACUUCUAACUUCCAGAUCCCUGUAUCAUGUGACACUGAUGGUCUGAUAAGCCAGGCGCUGCUGGUUGGUAACUUUGAGGGAGCUGUGGAUCUGUGCCUGAAUGAUGGUCGUUAUGCUGAAGCCAUCUUGCUGUCCAUCAGCGGAGGAGAAGAACUGCUCAAAAAAACUCAGCAGAAAUACCUUAGCAAGCAAAAGAACAACAUAUCAAUGCUUAUAUCAUCAGUUGUCACCCAGAACUGGAGGGACAUUGUGCAAAGCUGUGAGUUGGACAAUUGGAAGGAAGCUCUCGCUGCUUUGCUGACUUAUGCUCACCCUGAAGACUUUGCUUGUUUGUGCGAUACCUUGGGAAGCAGGUUGGAGAGUGAGGGCACAGAGAAAAGCUGUCUGCAGGCCUGCUUGUGUUAUAUCUGCUCUGGAAACAUUGAGAAGCUGGUGGAGUGCUGGGCCUUACACAGAGACUGCUCGUCCCCUCUUGGUUUAGAGGAUCUGGUUGAAAAAGUAAUGAUGCUGCGAAAAUCAAUCGAACGCCUCCGAAACAGCGAGGUGGCAAUCCAGAGCCCCAUCCUGGCUGAGAAGCUGACCUGCUAUGCCGGCAUACUGGCUGCAGAGGGUAGCUUGGCCACUGCCAUGGCCUACUUGCCAGAGAACUCAGACCAAUCUGGCAUCAUGAUGCUGAGAAACAGGCUGUUCCAUGCUCAGGGAGAGGCUGCUGUCCAACAGCCUCCAAACUCACUCAGCAGAGUUGGUGUGCCCACAGCAAAACCCGCUCCUGCUGCUCAGACUCCUCCUACUCCCAAAGCACAAAUAAUGAGUCAGUACCAGCCAUCUGCUCCAUCCCAAGUGGCUGCACAACAGCAGCCUCCUCUGCCAUCGGCAUUUACUCCUCAAGCUUCUCCACCCAACCCAGGGCCUGGUCUGCCACCCUCGUCUCAUGUCCUGCCGCCCACUGUGACCCGCCCUGCCAUAAGACCUUCCUAUCCUCAACAUCCUUCUACAACUCCAGGUUUCACAUCUCAUCAGCCAUUCCAGCCUCAGCCUUUGUCCACUGGUGGACCUUUCCCUCCUCCGGGUCCUUCUGUCCCAGCUGCCAGCUUAUCAGGACCUCAACUACCACCUUCAUCAACUCCUGGAGGCCUACCCCCCAUGCCCAGCCCUGGGGUGCCACCGACAAGCUUCAUGCCAUCUACCUCUUUACCCUCGAGCCUCAUGGCACCCAUCUCCCAACCAGGAGCCCCAGUUCCCAUGUACCCAGGGGGUCCUCACAACCAGGGACUGACACCACCCAUGGCAUCUGGUCCCUAUACUCCUCUUGGAUCUGGGUAUCCCCAGGGAGGUCCUGGAGCUCCUGGAGUAAAGCCUUUCCCAGCACCUGUUGUGGCUCCACCUCCCACAGGACCUCAAGAAGGUUGGAAUGACCCACCAACAGUACGAGGUGGACCCAGAAAGAAGAAGUAUCCUGAUAAUUACACGCCACCAGCCCCCAUCACAGCUCCUGUCAUGGGUUUCCCAGUAGAGGCUCCACAGCCCCAUGACCACACCCAAGUCCCCCCUGGAGCCCCUCAGGAGCCCAGCGUACAGCUACUCCAGCAGUUGCCAGCAGAGAGGGUGGAGCAAAAAGAAAUCCCAGCUGAGCACAUGAUCCUCAAAACCACCUUUGAUAGCCUGGUGCAGCGCUGCCAGCUUGCAGCAGGAGACCCGCAAACAAAAAGGAAGCUUGAUGAUGCAGGAAAACGUUUGGGACACCUGUAUGAUAAGCUGAGAGAGCAGUCGCUCUCUCACAACAUCCUGAAUGGGCUCCAUGAGAUCAGUCGCUGUGUGGCGAGCCAGAACUACCAGCGAGGCCUAGAGGUCCACACUCAGGUGGUCAGCAGCAGCAACUUCAGCGAGAUCUCUGCCUUCAUGCCCAUCCUCAAAGUGGUCAUGACCAUUGCCAACAAGCUGGGCGUCUAAUGCCCCAAAGACACCGACUACUCUUCAGUGUUAUCAUAUUGUUAUAUAUGUAUUUAUUUCUUUCUCUUUUUUGACCUGAUGUGUCGGUGGUGAGAAUAAUGGCUGAUAAGAUUACAGAUUGCUGUUCUCAUCAUUCCAUUUAUGCUCCCUACCAGCGGUUGUGACAAAUUUGGGACGUGAGGUGGAUUUUUGUAGAGAUUUAUCAAUGUUGCUGUGAUAAUUUUACAAAAAGAUGAAUGUAUUCUGAAAGUUGUGAUUCAGUGUAAAUUCAGUGGUUGCCAGUGGUUUGACAUGAGACCGUUGUCUUAAAAAUAGGUGCAUUUUCAUUGUCCACCUUUACAGCAUACUACAGUGCUUACUUUUCUUCUCUCUCCAGCAGUUGUACAAAACAUUUUCAUUACACACAUACAUUGCUCCAGCUGCAGAAACAAAACGUCCAGAAAACCCAUCUCCAAAAAUCAUGAAAAUAAAAUCUGUGUUGCCCUUACCAUCCACGCUGUUAGCGUACUUUGUAUGAGGGAGAAUCAAACUGAAGCCUUCUAUUUAUCAAAUGUAUACGAUUUAAUAAAUACCAUCAAGAGCAAGUUAUAAACACUGUAAUUGAAGCUCUGAUUGUUCUCUAAUCCUGCUGUGAUCAAUUUUGUCCAGUGAAUUGUGUCAUGGGGGUUUUUGGGCCAAAGCACUCCAGAAGAAUGUCAAACUGUGAUUGUCUAGUUAUUUUUCUUUAACUUUGUGCAAACAUACCCUUGAAAUUGUAUCUCUAGAUAGCUUGUAUAAAUUACUGCCUUUUUUUUCAUUCUCACUGCUGAAUUCACACAGCAGCUUGUAAAUCUAAAUUUAAAAACAAGAGUUUCUGGUAAACUUGAAAUGAGUUAACAUCCUUCCUGCACUCUUUCAAUAAGUUAAUCUCUCUGUACCAUAAGCUCUUACUUCCCGCCCCCUUCAGUUAACAUUGUACCCUUUUAUAACUUAAGAUAACUUUUUGUUUCUUGCCAUACUUGGACUAGACUAGAUAAUAUAAUGAUUUAGGAUUUCCGUAGCUGCACAAAAAGCUGGAUUGUUUGGUGUGUCGUGGCAGCAGAAGGCAAGAAAGUGCCUCAGUGUGCCUGUUUUUUGGUUGCACAGAUAUUUAUACAAGCCAUGUUGCUUACUUUACUCAUUUCGGUAUCUUUUUCAAAUAAAGUUUCACUUAAAAGUU